CUAUCCAUGCUGGACUUGUCAUAGGGACGGAAUAAAUGCUAUUCUCCGCGAAGUGGACAAGUAUUUCCUUCAAAUGAAAGAUCAUCGGAAAAGCCGCUUAUGCGCGCGCAGUGCUGUCCGUGAAAUGACAUCAGAAAAGCUCCAGUGGAUCCAUGUAACUACAUUAUUCCAGACCCCGUGGUGGUAG